CUCACCGAAAAAGUUCGCGAACUUUUUUACAGAUUUGAUGUUCAAAAGGCGUCCAAUUUUAUACAUUUUACAGGAGUAUGGACAGUGGAACACUGCUUCCAAGGACAUCACGGCGUGUGGUUAAACUAGAAAAACCUUCGCCACUAAAAAGAAACCAGUCUACUGUGGAUAUUGAGUCGGCAGCUCCAUAUAUCCAGUCUGAAAAUGGGGGGAAUAAAGGUUUUCAUCGCAGUUUAUCUAUGAAUGAUGCAGUGACUACUAAACAGCACUUGGAGAAUGGUUCAGCUAAGGCUGAAAAUGAAUUUGGAAGAAAGGCAUCACGACAUCAGCUGAAACUGGAAAAACCUGCCAUGCGCCUCAACAGCAGUGCUUCUGCAGACACAAAAGCAAUCCAUGGUGUGAACAGAAAACAGUUGGUUUCACAGCUGAGUCAGGAUUCUGGUCUGGGGGAUGCGUCAUUCUUGUUGCAAGACUCAGCAAGAAACAGCCUCACAGAGCAGCCAGCUGAUGUAUUCACAAUUCCAUUAACAACAUCCCGAAAACCAUCACAGGAUGAAGGAAUGUUUGAAGAUUCACAGGCAAUCCUGGGUGAUCCGAGGUCGGAAAACUCUGGCGAGCACAAGUACCAGUAUGAUAUGAAAGUUUGGUGUUCUAAUAAGUUUGGGGAAAAUGAAUUUUGUCAUGGAAACAGGAAAAACGCUGUCAUCUGUGAUAACAACAACAACAAUGAAAAUUGCAGCAACAGCAAUAACUAUAUCUAUCAUGGUAAACAUGAAAAUGGAAAUCAUUCACUUGAGAAAAGUCCAGAUGACUUUGACCCUGAGACAACUCCAACAAACAAGGAUAAUUUGGCAGCUUGGCUCUCAAAAAGCAGAACAUUAUGCAAGCAGUCAUCAGGUACUGGGUUUAAUCCAUCGGCUGAUGAUGCAUUUUUGACGUACAGAGACAAGAGAAAUGAUAGCAAUGAUUUAAGCUCCUCAACAAGUGCUAGCACAUGUGCAGUGACUGACGAUGAACAUAGCGAACACCUUAAUGCCUGGGAAGUGGUAGAUGAGCUUGCUGAUGACAUGUUCUCUUGUAAAUUGUCUGAAUCUAUGCCUAAACAAGUAAGACGGCUUACAAUCCCUGGUUACCGUGAUGAGACUUAUGCUUACGACUAUCCAGAUGAUCUUGAUGAAAUAGAUGCUGAACUUGAUUUUGGCAGAGUAGACGAAUUACCCUCAAGUCAAGAAUCUUAUGAUAUGGGCCAGUUAAAAGAGGGGAAAUUUAAAAAUUCUGUUCUAAAAUCCAGUAGUCCAGUCUUAAUUCCAGAUGAGAAGAUUGUUGUAGUUUUGAGACAGCCCCUGGCUCCGACCAGCAGUCUGGAUGAGAUAUGGGCCAUUGAAGAAACAAUGAAAGGGGGACUGUACACGGCCAAGGGCAGGAGAGCGAUGUUCCGAAACUUCAAGAUGUGCGAUGUAGAAGAAACAUUUCCAGAGAUAUUCCGUCAGUACUCCGCUGAGCAACUGCUGGAGAUCGGAUCCAGUCCCGCAGCAGGUCUCCCACCAUCUGACUGGUCGGAGAUUUGUGGAGUGUAUCCGAAUAUUUGCUUUCCUGUGGUGGCGCAACUUUUUGACUGCGUGAAAUACCUGGAGGAUCGGGACUACAUUAUGAAUUACAGUGGAUACUGCAGAGACAAUUACAAUAAUUCAACGCCAUGGAAGGGUUCUGGACUUUUACCAACACCGACAAGCUGGGCCCAGGAAGGGCCCUACUCUAGCUCACAUUACCAACACUUCGGGGCAUCCACAGCAUUACGAGUUCAACAGGGCUUUCUGACCAGGCCCAACCCCAGCUUACAGGAAUUGGGGGCUUCACUGGAGUCCCAGGAACAUUUCAGGGCUUCCACCUCACGGUGGGACCAACACCAAAGGGAGGUUACAACACAGGCAGUGAGACAUGGGUUUGGUAUGCCGAGCAAAUUAUUGGGCAAGGAGCAAAUUUCGGUUCCCCUGGCAAAAUCCGAAGGUAGCUCAUUGGCAAAGUUUACACAUGACAGACAAAGUACUGAAGAGCAAAACACUUCUAGCAUUUGCAACAGUGUCCAGAAAUUAGAGUUAGCCAAGGAGGAGAGUUUGUUGAGUUGUGACCCUGUAGUUACUGCCAACUUAGAUGAAAAAUGUGAUGUGACAGUGAAUGGAGGUUCUAUAACAUCGCAGUUUAAUCAACAUCGGCCAUUGGGGAGGGGUCGAGGGCGGAAGAAGAGCGCAAGCCCAGGGGUGAAGCUGUUUGCUUCGGCUACUCAGGAAAUUGUCACUAACAAAAUCCAAUAUACACGCUCUGUAUCUGACCCCGGAAAUGGUGACUUUGGUACCGUGGCUUUCAGUGCUGAUAGAUCUGUUCAAAAUCAAGGCCCAAAUACUAAAUCUGAGAUCAGCCAGUAUUCUAGUGAUAAUUCUCGGAGGUUAAGACAUUUCAGUGAGAGCUUUAGCACAGGUAUUGGGGUUAAGAAUUAUAAAAUUCACCAUUCUUACACUGAUGAUGAUGAACCAAAUGAGGCCCCACUCAACAAGGACUUUGUGCCUCGCAAAUGUCCAUGGUAACGGUGG